CUUUUCGGUUUUCUCAGCUCCUGUUGUAAUCAUGGCGGUGAACAACAUUUCUAAAAAGCGAAAAUUCGUCGGUGACGGAGUUUUCAAAGCCGAACUCAAUGAAUUCCUCACCAGAGAGCUUGCUGAAGAUGGCUACUCUGGAGUUGAAGUACGUGUUACGCCAACACGUUCAGAAAUCAUUAUUAUGGCGACAAGAACACAGAGCGUUUUGGGAGAGAAAGGCCGUAGAAUCCGGGAACUGACUUCCGUCGUACAGAAGAGAUUUAAUAUCCCUGAACAUUCGGUUGAACUGUAUGCAGAGAAGGUAGCCACUCGUGGUUUGUGCGCCAUCGCUCAGGCUGAAUCUUUGAGAUACAAACUCAUUGGAGGACUGGCUGUCCGUCGUGCAUGCUAUGGUGUACUCAGAUUUAUUAUGGAAUCUGGUGCCCGUGGAUGUGAGGUUGUAGUUUCCGGCAAGCUUCGCGGCCAGCGUGCCAAAUCUAUGAAGUUUGUUGAUGGUCUCAUGAUCCAUUCUGGUGACCCCUGCAACGAUUAUGUUAACACUGCUACAAGGCAUGUGUUGCUACGACAAGGAGUACUCGGUAUUAAGGUCAAGAUCAUGCUUCCAUGGGACCAACAAGGCAAGAACGGUCCCAAAAAGCUACAGCCUGACUACAUCAUGGUGACGGAACCCAAGGACGAGCCCGCUCCCCUCGAGCCUACCAACGAGGUGCGCUCCCUCGCGCCCGUGCCGAUGCCCGCGCCCGUAGCCGCCGUCGCCUAGGAUAUAAGGACAACACC